AGUCGCCUUCCUUUAUUCUCUUCUUAUAACGGAGCGUCAAUCAGCAGCAAUACCUUGAGUUCUCUACCGCCCGCUCACUCAUUCAUUCGUUCUUUCAACUCUACUUGCAAGCCAAGAUGAUGUUUAUUUUCCGCUCGACGUUUAUCACCGCCGUAUCAGCGUUCAUGAUAACGCUCAGCUUGUUUUCAAUGUCUGCCUCUGCUGUACCACAAUUCGGUCGUCCCAUGCUGCAUGUAUUGGAUGCCAGCGCAACAUCUUCUGGGCCAGUUGAGGCGGUUCCCACGUCAGCAGCUGCUAGUACAGGCACAGACCCGGAUCCUGGUAUCCAGGUCAACGAAGCAGCCUCAUCAUCAUCCGUACGUGUUGAUCAUUUUUUGUUGUGAUGGCGAUUCUGAUGCCGCAUGACACUUCCAGGCGUCAAGUACAACUACGACGACGCCGGCUGCUAGCAGCACCAGUAGUACGAGCGGCGCGUCGAGGAGUCUGUGUGGUGGUAUGAGCGUUAUACUAGGUGUCGUCGUGAGCGGGGUGUGGUUGGUGUUUUGAGCUGUGCAACGGUUGAUGUUGGUUGGCGUUGAGCCAACGAGGACCUAGUCUGAUUUCACAUAAGAGACAUUAUCUAUUCCUGACAUAUAAUAGUGCUAUCUACGUGGCUUUCAUCAUCAUUAUCGUUAUUAUGAGUAAGCCUAUUGCCAUAGAAGACUUCAACGGGUGUCAUCACUGCUGGUUAUUUAUGUAUCACCAGUAUCUGCGUCUGUAG